AUGUUCUACACAGCAUUUGGAGGAUGUAGUAAGAGGUUAUACUCGACACUACCAGAGAAAGCAUCAACAUUGGCGAAAUUCAAUUUCCCAUAUUCAACAGGUACAAUUGGAAGUAUUACAACACAGUUGGACAAGUAUUUGAAUAGAAAGGAUACGCUAAUUACUCUACAUGGGCAUAUUGAUAGAAAAUCACGGAUACGACCUACAGUUGGGUUUGGAUUUUUAAGAGACCAGGAAGGAGACGUGAUCCAGUUCAUAGCCGAUGCCGAUAAUAAUGAACAUCAACUGGUUCUCGAAAAGAUGAAAAAGCUUACAGUUGAAGACUCUAUAAGUAUUACGGGCUACGCUAAGCCCAAGGUGGGUAAGGAGCAAGGAAGACAAGAAGAGACUGCAAUGGCAACAAGGUCAAGAACAGAAGACGCAAGUAAAAAACCAAAAGCUUGGGAAUUGGUUGUCAAAGACUUGCAGAUUCUUAAUUCGUCAAACUUGGACGCAUCGAGGUUGGAGAAACUAAAACAAACAGAUCCUGAAGAUAUACCACCUCAAUUUCGGUACCUACAGCUUCGAACCAAAUUUUUCCAAAGUGCACUUCGGACUCGAAGCAAAAUUGCUCAAUUGGUGAGAAACACACUUGUAAAUAAUCACGAUUUCGUCGAAAUUGAAACACCUUUGCUUUUCAAAUCCACCCCUGAAGGAGCACGAGAGUUUUUAGUCCCAACACGUACGUAUGACCAGUUUUACGCAUUACCGCAAUCACCACAGCAAUACAAGCAAAUUUUGAUGGCCUCCGGGUUUACAAGAUAUUUCCAACUUGCCAAAUGUUUCCGUGAUGAGGAUUUGAGAGCAGAUAGACAACCGGAAUUCACACAAGUGGAUUUGGAAAUGAGCUACAUUAAUAGUGCAGAACAAAUCAUGAAAGUUGUUGAAGAUGUUGUCAUGAACAUCUGGCUGAAAAUUUGUAAUCGUCCAACUUAUACAUUAAACGAAAAGGGUUUUUUACAAAAAUUGACAGACAUCGAUAACAAUAAAGUGCAGUUUAGCAAGUUGGCAUACCCUGAAGCGCUUCUGAAGUAUGGUAUUGAUAAACCAGACUUACGAUCUGAUAUCACCUUUAUUACGUUGGAUGAAUUUUUCAUUGGUGAAGAGAAUUCAGAAUUCAGCGUUGUUGAAGCAUGUGUAUUGCGAAAUGCUCUUGAUAAUGAGAACAAGAGUAGUAAAAAUAAAUUGCCAAAAGAAUUGACAAGUACACAUAAUUACAGCAGAAGACGUCCAUAUGUCUGGGCUAUUAGAAACGAUAAAGAUCUUUUAUGGUAUGAAAAGCUUGUUGAGAAAAAAUUUAUGAAAAAGACAAAUCAUUUUGACGAAAAAAAAUUAAAGACAAUACUCAAUCUUAAACCAGGAGAUAUUCUUGCAAUUUCCACAAGAUCAAAAUUCCCAUAUGAGAACCCAACGCCAUUGGGAAAAUUUAGGCAACUUGCUAUUAAAGAGUUUCCUGGCAAGUGGCAGAGACCAAUAGAAAAAGAGUCUGGUGAACUAGUUAAUGACUACAAGUUUGAGGAUAUGGUAGUUGGAUCAUGGGUUGUUGAUUUCCCUUUAUUUAAUCCAGUAGAAAUAAGCAGUUCAACGGAGGACCCAUAUCCUGAAUACUCCAUGAAUAAAUAUGAAUCCACGCAUCAUCCUUUCACCAUGUGUAAAUCUGAAGAUUACGAACUUAUGGGAUCAAACCCACUACAAGUUAGAGGUGAGCAUUAUGACUUGGUCAUCAAUGGUGUUGAAGUCGGCGGAGGCUCGCGAAGAAUACACGAUCCUGCUUUGCAGAAGUAUGUAUUCGAAGAGAUUUUGCAGAUAAAACACUAUGACCAAUUGUUUGGCCAUUUAUUGAAAGCACUAAGUAUGGGAUGCCCUCCGCAUGCCGGAUUGGCAUUGGGUUUUGAUAGAUUAUGUGCGAUGGUGGUGGGCUCAUCGAGUAUACGAGAUGUGAUUGCUUUCCCGAAAAACCAAUCAGGCAAGGAUCUUGUCGUUGAAAGCCCUACAGAGGUUCUGGAAAAGGCAUUAAACGAGUAUUUUAUUACAAAAAAAAAUAAUAAUAAAUAG